AUGAACGAGAAGUCUAGAAGGAAGGCUUACGUAACAAAUAUAUCAGCCUUGAGUAAUGACAAUAGCAGCGUUCUGAGGGGAAAAACGUACUACACGAACACAAAGGAAAUAGAUCUAAACAAUAAUAAUAGCAGUAAUAAUAGAGGCAAUAAUAUUAGUGGAUUCAAUAACAACAAUUUUAGUAAUGAAUCGAAUGUUGUGUUAGAUGACUUUCCUAAAUUACCCCUAAAGAAUAUAGAAUCUUGUGAAGAUGUGUACAACAUUUUUUAUAUAAGAGAUCAAUAUAUUAUAGGAAAUAAAAAUAUUUCAAUAAAUAAUGAUCAUAUAAUAUUACUAGAGACUAUAUUAGAUAAGAUAGAUACAGCAAUAAGUGAGAUGUGUUCUGAAGAGAAUUACUCUACAAAAAAAAUAUUAGCAAGUGUACAUGAAAAAAUUUAUAAUUUAUAUAACAGUUUUAAAAAAAUAAAAAAUAUACCACCUGAAUUAUCAAAUGCAUAUGAUUGCUUUAAAAGUAAUGUUAUAUUUGUACGGAGUAGACAAUUUAAAAAAAAUUAUGUAUAUGAUAAUUUAAUUAAUAUAUAUACUUACUUACGAGAUAGUGAAUUACAACAAGAUAACAUAGAGACUAUAAAUGAACCAUUGUAUAUAAAUGAUAAAGCUAUAUCUACGGCAUCUUUUAUUAAUAAAAAUAUGCUCACAGCAAAUGAAUAUAUUGAAUAUUUACCUAUGAAAUUCAAUCCUCAUUUUUUAGAAUUAAAUAAAAUUUCUAUAUACUAUUUAUAUGAAGAAUCGAUCAACCAUAUUAUCUGGCAAAAAGCUUUAGACGAGUUAAUUGUUGUUAAAGCUUUGGCAGAUAUACCAUAUUUUGACUUAUCCGAAGUAGAGGGGUUUGAUUUUAAAAAAAUGAAAUCAGGUCAAAGACAGUGGUAUCCUUUAUACAUAGCUAAAGAAUUAAGUGAGGAAGGCUUAGCUACUGUCGAAUUUCCUUUCUGGUUUUAUAUUGAUAAUUUAAAAAAUAUUUAUAAAAAAGAAUUUGAGGAUUUAUUUGAACUCACAGACUUACCUAGUCCUUUCUUCUUUGAAAUUUCAUCCAUGUUUUUAGAAAACAAUUCAUUUAAAAAUUCCACGCCCAUAGAAACCAUUGGCCACAGGACACCCUACAAGUAUAUCCUUAAAGUGGCUGGACUUAUUCAAGACAUAAGGCAAAAGCGCAUACACAAAAUUAUGAACAAGUUUAAAAGCUGUGAUAUAUUCUCGGAUAUAUUAAUCAUAAACAACAUUCAGAUAUAUGAGACGUACUGUGUUAAUUAUUUAGCGUCUGUUUUCUUUCAAAGACAGAGUAAUACAAAUGCAAUAAAUGAAAAUUUCGACGUAAGGAAUUAUUUGUUUGACCCAUUUAUUUUUAGCUCCUAUAAUGUGUAG